AUGCAGCUCCACAAUGGGCAGCAGCAGACUGAGGCCUCUGCGCCACCGUCUCCUGUGCUUUCUGUCGGUUUCUGGGACGCCUUCGCAGCGGGGUGUAUGUGGAGCGAGCCGGUAUUGGCUGCACUUUCUUUCUCUCCUCUAGGCAAAGACCACAUCUUGGUCCUCGCGACAGACGGUAGCAUCCAAGUUAAAACUAAAGAGAAUACGCCCUCCAAAAAAAAUGCAGCAGACGGCGCCAAGGAACAGCAGGAAGAGCAACAGCAGCACCUGGCAGGUGGCGGAGGAGAGCAGCAGCAGAGUGAAGAAAAUCGGGGUCGUUGGACUCCAGUGGUGACAGAAUUGCAGCUGCUGCCGGGCCAGUGGUCACGACCGAGGUGUCAGCUGGUCAUGCAGCCUCACCGCCUGUAUGCAGCAGAGAGCGGCGGCGAAGAGGCUCCAAAGCAUCGGGGAAAUUCCCCUAGCAAGAGCACAGAAGAAACAAAGAGAACCCCAUCAGAGGGGCAACUACCCACAGCUGCGGCCGCCAAACGCGCCAAGAAGAACAAUGGGAGUAGUAACGAAGGCAGGAGUGAAAUCAAGACAUUUGCAAACGCUAAAGGUGAAAGCAUCCUUUUUACAGUCCAUCUUAUCGAUGCACAGGCGACAGAGAUUCGAGCGACAUUCUUCGGCCGUGCUGCAUCUCACUGGCAUCCCCGUUUGUCGGUGGGCAAGGUCUACACUUUCAGCAAAGGCACUCUGCAACGUGCUAACAGGCUUCACAACUCGCUGCCGCACGAGGUCCAAAUCAAAUUUGAUGCUUCAGUAGAAAUAGAUGAAGUGGGGGACGACCCGUCAAUUCCUCUGCAAAAAUUUGAGCGGGUGUAUUUGGGGGACCUUCCGCGGUUUCCUCCCGGGAGCGUGGUGGACGUGUUGGGAUUUGUCGUGGGAGCGAAAGAGGUUGAAACGGUUUUGUCUCGGACGAAAAAUGAACAACUCCUUAGAAGAGAGUUGACGCUCCUAGAUGCCUCGGAGUCGCCUGUUUUCUUCACUCUCUUUGGCGCCCAGGCGCUUCAGCUGCCGCAUUCUGCUUUAGAAGACAAUCCGUUGGUUGCUAUCAAGGGUGCUAAAGUUCAGGAAUACGGGGGCCGGAGCUGUCUGGUUUCUUCUGCUCAAAUGCAGAUCACUUUCUUGCAGCGGGCACAUGCAACAGAAACAAAUAGAAGUACCAGGGCAGCAGCAGCACCAGCAACACAGAGGCAAAUGCAAGCCGAAAAAGAAACGACAGAAGAAAACAUGGCGCAUACAGGAGGUUCGUCCCGCACGCAAACCCCAAUUUUCGCAGGCGUUGCUGCAGCAGAUGUGCAAGGAGAGUUGGACUGGUUUUCUGCAAAGGGAGCAGCCAUUCUGAACACCCUAGAGGACUAUGGCCCGAAGGCGGCGUUUCCUCUUACACUGGGGGAGGUUGGGCGAGCAGUGCAGCAUCUGCACUUGGAGGAGGUGGGGUCGAGCAGGGCGUUCAACGUCAUAGGUAGCCUCUUGGACCUGCAGGGGGCGCAUCUCUUCUGGCUGUGA